UCAUAUCUGUUUGACAUGACGUCACUUCCGAAUAGGCUGAUGAUGCGCAUGCGUAAUGAAUUGUCAAAAUGGCCGCUAAAUUUGAAGAAAUUUUUUACGAAAACUAAAAAAAUAUUUGAUGAAUUUUGUUACUAUCGAUUUUUGUUCAUGAUGGGAGUAGAUGAGCAAUACCUUCUCGUCGUGUCUGUAAUAUGUGGACGGAAAUUUCCAAAACGCCCUAGUCAAGAGUUAUUGGUGGAAUCUAGGUUUGAUGGAGAACUUUUGGCCACAGAUCCAGUCCAACACGGCGAGACUCCAGAGUUUCACACUGAGCUUGCCUGGGAGCUAAGCAAGAAGACACUUCAUCAGCAUCGCUUGCAGCGGACUCCCAUUAAGCUCCAAUGCUACUCAGUCAACGUACAGACCAAGACUAGGGAGAACAUUGGAUAUGUUAUCCUUGAUCUAAGAUCUGCCUUGGUCAAGGAGGCUACCCCUGCUAAACUUCCAGUGGCUAGCAAGUGGUAUAAUUUACUGAACUCCAAAUAUCACAAACACAAGCCUGAGAUACAGCUUGGGAUAUCCCUUGAAGUAGAUACUCCUAUCAAAGAUGAGAGCUUCAAGGCCAGAGCAGCUCCUCCAAGGAAGGGCCAAGCCCCUCCAGUUCAGCCAUCAUCAGAAAUAGACCCCUCAACUGUGACAGCAAUACUCAACAACGAGGAAGGGUUCUAUAGGAUAGGGCCAGAAGAGUCUUGCACUGAUAACUUUGUUCUCUCUGUGACCAUUGCCUUUGCUGCAAAUCUCUCACAGUUAGUCACUCCAGACAUCCCUCUGGCUGCCAGACAUGAAGGUUUCUUCUUCUCCUAUUCCCUCCUUGGUAAUCAUGUGACCAACGACAGCUUCCAUGACCUUACAAACCCAACAUUUCCAGCUGAGAGAGCUUCAGUCAGGCUGAGAAGCAGUGUGGAUCUACUCAGAAUCUAUUUUCAACGUGAACCUCUUUUUCAGAUUCACCUGUCCUGUGGCGAUGCAAAGAUAGGUUCUGCUGAUGUUCGUCUGAGCACACUUCUUCAACCUGGUAGUGAUGCUAUCAACAGGCAACCUCUAAUCAUUGAAGGUGCCUUUCAGAUUCUGAGCACUGCCCAAAGACAGCAGAAAGAACCUCCUGUAGCCAGCAGCUCUUCACCGUGUGUAGGAGCCUCAGUGGCUUUGAGAAGAGAGGAGAUUCCCUUGCAGACACAAGAUGAGACAACGGGGAAAGCAAACAUGGGUCCACCCGCUGGUCAAGAAACCCCAUCAACUCCGCCCAAACCCGGUACAAAACAAUCUCCUGAAUCCCCACUGGCCACACCCCUGAAGAAAAACGCACCCAAGAAGGAGAAGAAAAGAAGUGCUGAACCCGCCCCUCCAGAGGAUGAGGAUAGCUAUGGAGGAUACACCCCACCCCAGGGGAGCUCCAGGACAGAGGAUGAUGUAGACACACUGAGGGAUAUGGAAGAAGAAGAACGGGAGCUAGAGAGAAACGCCGAUCAAGUGAAACGGAUGAAAGAAGAUGCUAAAGUGAAUGCACCUGUUGGUAGGGGAAGACCCAAACCCAAGGCUGGCUCAGCUCCAGCUAAUGUCCACCUAGAUUUCAUGGACGUUUCUGUGCGCCAUUUCUGUUUCUCUAUUGAUUUGAGAAGCAUCAAAGAUGUUAGCACAUCAACAAAUCUUAGUGUCUAUCUUAGGUACACCUACCCAUUCUUUGGAAGCUCUUCCCCUGUCAUGACACACCCUCCCGUAGAGGUGAGGAAACACACAGAGGUUCUGCUUCCUAAUUCAUUCUGUGCAUUUGACUUUGCUACAACUCCCCAACAACUCAGAGAGACGUUGCUCAGGGUUCCAUUAUUAGUAGAGGUAUGGCAUCGUGAUAAGAUGGUGAAGGACCAAUUACUAGGUGUAGCUAGAGUACCUCUCUCUGGGAUCAUCAGUGCUGAUCGGGCCAGAAUUGCACCUACCAGCGCAGAGGCUCAAGAAGGCUGGAGGCAGAUCUUCACAGAGCGGGUAGCAGCGGAGACCACGGAAGGUAGACGUACCAAGAUGGCGGAGCUACAGGUGGUACUAGGACUAGAGGAUUACGGUCCUAUCAAGACACAGGAGGUGUACAUGGGUCCUGGUCCUGACUUGUCACAGACAACCAGUACAAGCAGCUCAAGCCAACCUCCAGCCAGACAGCAAGCUCCCCCUCCUCCUCCCCCAGACCCCAGGGAGACACCGGAAUACAAGGCUGCAAUUGAACUCGAGAUGUGGAAGGAACAGCAAGCUGGCAUGUUUGAGAACCAAAUGAAAGAAAAAGAGCUUAAUCAGCUUCAAUCACUAGCUGAAGAAUUCAAAAGGAGAGACAGGGAGAGAACAUUAGUACUCAAGAAAAAGACGGACGAGUAUGCAGCACUGGAAGAACAAUUAAAGCUUGCCUUGGCCGACGUAGAGAGACGGGAACACCAGCUAGCUGCUAAUGAAGCGGAAGUAGUGAGGCUUCGGGCAGAUCUAGAGAGGGAGCACCAACAUAAGCUUGUAGAAAUACAAGAAGCUUCGAGGAGAUUAAAGGAAGAUUGCCUGCAUCAGAUAGAACUUGAGAAAUCAAGAGUGCGGGUAUUGGAGGAAGAGAAACAGAGAUUGGCCUCACAGCUAGCAGAUGCUGAUCAGAGAUUAGCAAAGAAAGAUCAAGAAUUUGAACAAUUCAGGCAGGAGUCUAGCAGUAAACCAGAGAUUAAACUUCAGGCACAGAUCAACCUUCUUACUCUGGAAAAGGUUGAACUAGAGCGGAAGUUUGAAUCGGUGACCAAAUCCAAGAUCCACUACAAGCAGCAAUGGGGGCGAGCAUUGAAGGAACUUGCUAGGCUGAAGCAGAAGGAGGCCACGGAGGCUAGACAGAGACUCAAGAGACAGCAGCAGGAGCUGGAGCAUAUGAGGUUAAGAUACCUAGCUGCGGAGGAGAAAGAGGUCGCCAAGGAGGAGAAGAAGGAACUGCAGGAGAUCAAGGGAGAAUUAAACAGAUUAAAAGACAGUGAAAGGAGUAAAGAGAAGCAGCAGCAGGCAACCUCACAACCAGGAGAAGAAGACAUGAACUCAGAAGAACACCAACAGGAAGGCAUGCACCGUAUAGAGGAUGCAGCACUGGAAGAACAUGUAGCGAGGUUGAUAGAAGAAAGAGAUACGUUACUAAGAACUGGGGUUUAUACACAUCAAGAUAGGAUUAUUAGUGAACUAGACAAGCAGAUAAGACAAGCCAUUGCACAGAAAGGGUCAUGACAGCAAUGAUAGAAGGAACAACUGCUGCUCGAAAUUGAGGAUUCUACAGAAGAAAUCAUUAUUUUUUUAUGAUUAUAUACAAUCAAGACUGGAUGGUGUUAGACAAGCAGAUAAGAUUGGCCAUGGCACAGAAAAGGGUCACAACAGCAAGGGUAGAGGGAACAACUGAAUUUGAUUGACAGACACUUGGAAAAUUCUAGAAAGGAGUUGAUAAUUUUGUUAAUGACUUUGUUGAAGAAAACUAGACAAGCAGAUAAGACAAAUCAUUUCAGAUGGUGUUGUUGAGGUUUAUAUACCAUCAAGACUCAAUUGAAAGUGAACGAGAUAAAGAGAUAUGAUUACCUUGUAAAGGAUGAGUGAAGGGCUGUGGCUGGAAAAUAGAAAGACAGCCAUGAGGAGUCUAGAGAAAAUAGAUGCUGUUAAGGUUUGUUGGUUUAUCAGUGAAACCAACUAAAACAAGACAAGCUGUUCUAAAUACACCAUUAAGCCAACAUAAAUAAAGGGCCCAAUUGCAUAAACGUUACAGUAUUAGUAUAUUACUAUAUUAUAGUAACUUUGCCUUCCUAUCUUAAUAGGACCUACUCAGAUUCAACAUUUUGACAAGUAUGUUCUUCGCAAAUUUUGAUGAGUAUAAAGUUGAAAAUGAGGCUGUUCUACUCCCAUGAUGGUGCUGUAUGCAUGAAAUUUCUACAAAACACAACAAAAAUCAAUGAUUGGCUGGAAUGUUCUCAGUGGAGUGUUCAUGUGGGGUGACUAACAAUUAAAAGUUUCUAAGUAGUUCCUACCUCGGAUCUCUCCUUUCCAGCAAAGAAUACAUGGGCCCGUAUUCUUAAGUCGGGUUUAACUUAAACUCAGGUUUGAAGUUGUGGUUUAAGUAUGGAUGGCCAAUUGUUACAUAAAUCACUAACAGUAGAGAUAUCAUAUUUCAGCUCAUUUGGCUCUUAGAUCAUUCAUAAUUGUCUAGGAAGUAUAAAUAGAUGAUUGUCUUCACCAUCGAUGAAUCAGGAAAGAGCACAGUAAACAUUAGAAACAUACAAUGUAAUAAAAAUGUUUAUGUGUUUUCCAUAAUUUUAGCACAGAGUUAGACCAUGGUCUAAGUUAAACCUGACUUCAGAAUACGGGCCAUUGUGUAUUGUGAAGCCUCUACCAUCCUUCUUCAAUGGGUUAUUUAAUCUGAUAGUCCAGCCUACUUCAAUUUUUGAUUUGAUAUGCUUUUUUAAAACCCCAGGUCCUCUGCAUCACCAUUCAUCUUCUCUAUGUUCCUAUUAUCCAUUUCAUCUAUCAUUAUGAACAAUUCCCUGUAUAAUCUCUUUCCUGGGCCCCAGUGUCGCAUAAGAAAAUAGUAUUAGGGUAACUUUGCCAUCCAAUUGUAAUUACCAUGGUAACGCUGCUCAACAACCAAUCAAAAUCGAGGAUUCCAUAGAGUUAAGGAAGUCUCAUAUCCAGUGUACACCGAAAUCUCCAUGACGAUAAUUAUGCAAAGUUUAGGGAGAGCAUUGCUGUACGAUGUAAGAUAAAUUUAUUUAUACUAUUUAUUGUAAAAAUGUACAAACAUACAUAUGAAUUUUAAUUAGACCAAUAGUGUGACUGGUGUACCUUGAACUUAAGUGUUAAAUGCAUUAGCGAAUUCUCUGGAGAUUAGCCUUAUGAUUGUCACUAGAUUUUGAAGUGUGUAAACUUGAAUUAUGUAUUUCUAAAAGUCGAGUGAUUUUAUGUCUCAGUGUGUUUUUGUUUGUACUUGUCUAUCUUUUCGUCAUUUCCAAAAGAUGCCUUGAAUUCUGUGGAUACAAGACUUUGCAGUUGAAAAAGUUUUUGUUUACAUUGGGUGAUUUCAAGUUCGGUGUUAUUUCUGGAUAUCUCUUCGUACUUUGUUCAUAUUCUCCAAGCCUGCUAAUCUCUGCCGACAGGGCUGGAAGGUAUGGGAUUAGUGUCAUUAGGUGUAAGUGGUAUAAUGUUUCUAAACCCACAUUCCCUUUUGGGGCUUGGUUUGGCAGUUUCAUACAGACUCUCAGCCACCAUUAUGAACACCACCGAACUUGAAAUUGCAUGAUAUGAAUGUUCAUCCUUGCCAAAUGAUCUACAUUAUAUUUAUCAAAAUUGUAUUUUCAUUUCAGAUGUUAACUUGGCUAAUCCAUUAAUUCAUUACAAUCAGCCAUUUUAAAUGACAAAAGUGUUUUGUUUUGCCUCGUUUUGAAAUUGAGAAAUGUUCAUUUUUUCCAGAAUGAAAUUUAUGACUACCAAAUCAGUAUCGAGUGUGAUUUAUAUAGUUUAUGCAGGUGUAAACUAAGUAUGUUUUUGUACUUGUAAAUAUGUACAUCUUUGUGUAAAUUUGUUGUUUUGUAUAUUGUGUAAAUAUUUGAUGAAUAAAUGAUAUAGGUUUCAUGAA